GUUUAUGAUUUGUUGCGACCGAUGUGAGGACUGGUUUCAUGGUGAUUGCGUUGGAAUCACAGUUUCCCGUGGGCGGCAGAUGGAACGCAAUGGCGAAGAUUACAUUUGUCCAAACUGCAGCUCCAAAGAAGAUGAAUCCAAACAAGGUCUCCCUUGCAAAAGCGACAUAUUGUCCCAGUGGCGUCUCACCCAAUUAUAAAUAAUGGAAAUAAACUGAGUCACAAAGUUUCCGUAAAGCGCACAUGAUAAAUUAUAAUGAAACGUGAAAUGUAUCAAAAGUGCGUUCAUAAGUAUAGCAUCAUUCAGUGAUGCAGGAAUUUGCUAACCUACCAGGUCACACAUGUGACUACAAAAGCAAAAGAAGCUUUAAGUGCAAAAUUAUUUAGUGAUUAAUGUAGUAAAAAAAAACCUGGUAUAAGUGCCGGGUUUGGUGUUGCACACCUGUAAUAAUGUGACUUGGAGGUCGGGUUGAUGGAUCAUACGUGGAUGAGCCAUGAUUUGCGUGAGACUCCCACCUGCGGCCGGCGGGGCUGAUCAGGACGUGCAACUUGGAGCGAAAGCCGAGAGCAGCACCACCUUGUCCGAGGCGGAUGCCGGGGCCAUGCCAGGGAAAGGGACACCUGCCCAAGCUGCCUUGCAUUGCAUGAGCGACGGAUCCAUGCCAACAAACACACAGCAAGGCAACAUCAAGGGCAAGAUCGAGAAAGCGAAGAUUGUGUCUGACAUCACAAAGAAGAAGAAGAGGAUAUUAAACAGGUGUGCUGGUACAGGGUGUACAAAUAUGGCAGCUCCAGGCUCUGUGUACUGCAGCAAUGACUGCAUCCUGCGACAUGCAGCUCACACCAUGCAGACCCUCCAGAAAGUUCAAGCCAAACCUGCACCUCUACCCAGCAUCAUAGGAGAUUCCAGCUUAUCUGUGCAGGCUCCUGGCACAAGGCUCGAUGCCAACCCUGCUUUGCGGAGGAACUCAGGCGAUAAGCCUGUGGUGGUGUUUGAGCGCAGCAAUAGGGUGGUGCUUAUCAAAGCCAAUGUGAUCCAUGUGCCUAAGCCUGGAAGCCUUGUGAAGCAGCCACAGCCUGCAACCAACGCUCAGCUGGGAUCAAAAGCCAACAUCCCCUCAUCAACAUUUUACAAUACAGCCAAUAAGCAAAAAACAGAUUCCACCAUGAACAACAAAAAAGACACGGUGACCAAAGAUAAGAAGCCAGAGUUAAAGAGAAAAUCAGAAACACCCACACCUGCUCCCAAUGACAAGCUCAUCCGGAGCAACGUGCGCCGUUCACUCGGAGACAUCUUUGCAAAAAGGAUGAAAGACACAAAGAGUCUGAAAAUUUCAGAAGAUGAAGCAUUAAAAGUGGCGGAUGAAAUUGAGAAGGAGCUAUAUGCCCAGUUUCAAGAUACAGACAGUAAAUAUAAGAACAAGUAUCGGAGUCUCAUGUUUAACCUGAAGGACGCACGGAAUCACGGCUUGUUCCGUCGGGUUUUAAGACGUGAGAUCCCACCACACAAGCUGGUUAGAAUGAGCCCUGAGCAGCUCGCUUCCAAGGAACUGGCUGAGUGGCGUGAAAGAGAGAACAAACAUACACUAGAAAUGAUUGAAAAGGAGCAAAGAGAAAUCGAGAGAAGACCAAUUACCAAGAUAACUCACAAGGGAGAAAUUGAAAUAGAGGAAUCUACUCUGCAAACUGCUGUUGAGGAGUCUACUGACAGCGAAUCCACACUGACUGAAGAAACUGAAACAAAAGUGCAUGUUGAUACCACUGAGCAGCAUAAACUUCACCUUUUUGACCUUAAUUGUAAAAUAUGCACAGGUAAAGUAGCACCGCCUGUUGAGGAACCGUCAGCCAAAAAAGUGAAAGUCGCCACAUCUGUUAUACUGGCAACUAAGAAAGCUGCCGCAGAGUUUGAAUCAGCCGCUGUGACUGCACCUGGUCCAUCUAAAGCAGAUGCUGGAACCGCCAAGUCAGCAGUUAGUGUGUCUGCUUCAUCACGCGUGAAUGCCAACCUGGAGGAACAGCAAACCAAGUCCCCAGUGUCUGUUCUAGCUGUCAGGUCGGCAGAGCAGUCAGCAGGUGAUUGCAGGGCCUAUUCCUUCUUGGAUGACAUCUGGAAGGGCUUUGUCAACAUGCAGAAUGUGGCCAAGUUUGCCACAAAGGUGUUUGCAGUGUCCGGAUCUUGUGACCACAUGGCAGAGGACCUUCCGGACACAAUUGAAGUUGGUGGCAGGAUAGCCCCAAAGGUCGUCUGGGAUUACCUUGAAAAAGUAAAGGCUACAGUGACUAAGGAGAUCUGCUUGCUUCGCUUUUACCCAGCCACGGAGGAGGAGAAAGUGGGCUACGUGUCACUCUUCUCCUACUUCAGCAGCCGCAACCGCUUUGGCGUUGUCGCUAACAACUGCCAGUAUGUGAAGGACAUGUACCUCAUCCCUUUGGGAGCAUAUGACGAUGUGCCAGAGAACCUGCUGCCUUUGGACGGCCCAGGAUUGGAGCAGACGCGACCGAACAUGCUACUUGGGCUGGUGGUGCGGCAGAGAUCAAAACGGAGGCUGCCAGGCGAGCAUCCCUUCGACGCGCCAAUUCUUUAUGACAAAGAGCACACGAUUCUGAACAGUCCCGAUGAUAAGCAGAAGCAAGUGAGCUCUUUUGAAAAUGAAUACCACCACUCCAUUCCAGAGAAUGAUAGCAUUGGAAGAUUAACUAAGUAUUCAGAAGAACCAAGCAACUCCUCAUUUGUUGAAGAUGGCAUAUCACCACUGAUAUCUAUGUAUUCUGCAACGACGACAGGAUUCUAUGGGACAAGCGAUUACACUACAAAUUCUCUACCACUGCCUCCGUCUCCACCACCGUAUGUUCCAGAAAAUAAUGUUGACCCAAUUGUCCAGAAUUUUGCAAAUUUGGGUGAGACUGUAGAAGAAGAGCAUAACACCGAUGAUGAUGAAGCUUAUGACCCUGAAGAUGAAACACUUUUUACAGACAACACCCGGCGUUUUGGCCAAAGCUCAGGCAUGCUGUCAGUACGAGACAAGCCUCCUGACAUGUCCAUGGACACCUUUCUUGAUACCAUUGUUCCACCGGCGAAUGUCAGUCUCUCGGAACAACAGACAAUUCUGGAUAACCUCAAGAGACAGAUUGCUGAGGAGAAGCGGAAGCUCGAGGAACAGGAGGCGAGUCUUCGACAAAUGCCGCCACUGCCUCUCCCGCCUAACGCUGCGGAGAAUGUGGAGAGUUUGUCCGUCCAGGUGAAUAAAAGCAGGGACCCACGGCAGUCGGGGCUCGCUAAGCAACCGCAGCUGCUGAACAAAGCCGAGCCAAGUGCCGUGGCUUCUCACAGCUCGAGUGACGCUGUCUCAAACCAGCGGUAUGAGCCUGCAAACGAAGGUGCAACUGAAGUCAAGGGCAAAGGUGUGGCACCGAGUCCACAAAGCUCGCACCUCUUGGCUAGUAGACAUGACGCGGAUCCAAAAAGGGAUUGGAGAGACUCGAAACAACCGUCGAACUUGAGCCAGAGUGAGAAGCGGUCUGGUGCCGACAAACCUUCAGAGCCCUCCGGUUCGGGAAACUCCCACAGGAACUCGUCCAAGGAAAGAGAGCACCGGUCACGCCGCGAUUCAAGCGAGUCGCGGUCACAGCAAGGGAGCCACCGGCGGUCAAGCGUCAACAGCGGCGACAGGGGCGUCGAAGACCGUGAUCGACACGAGCAAAAGAACGCUCGGGCCAAGGGGGGGCACACGGAGCAGCGCUGGGACCGUGAUCGCGAGCGCCAGCGCGGCUGGAGCGAUGAGCGAGACCGGCGCCGGGGGUGGGACGGUAGCAGCGGCAGCGACAAAGACUGGGGCCGAGAGAGGGAGCGUGACAGAGACAGAGACUGGGAAAGAAGCUCCAGUGAGAGAAGCCGGAGUAACCGAGAACGGUCGUGGAACCGGGGCAGGGACCACGACAGCCGAGACGCGGGGAGGAGUCGAGACAGGGAUAGGUCCAGACACUGAAGUGACCGACCGAUAUCCUGUGCGCUGACCCAAUGGGGGGGGGAAAAAAACUCACUUGAGACCAGGACACUGUUUUGAAGUCUUGCUAUUAUGCUGACUGAUGCAUCUCAAGUCGAGCGGGCAUCGGUCGCAGCAGGCUAUCAAGAAAUGCGUUAUUUGAUGAGAAUAUAGUUGGACUUGAAAUGUUUUUGAUGACUCGCACCACAGGCUGUAUUUGUUGUACAUACAAUUCAGUAUGAUCUUUCAUGUGUUCUGAGCUGUACAAUUAUUUUAUGGUGUUCGUUGACACUUUUGAUAAGCAAAUCUAUUACCAAUUUUUCAUCAGGAGUUUGCCGGCCUCAAAAAGUUUUGUUAUAAACAUCGGUAAUUCAAUACAUUAUCUUUGUUAUUGCUUUUGCAGGUUGUUUUGUGAAAUUCCAACUUAUUGGAUGUUGAAGAACCAUGUCACACACAUGUUAACUGAUGUUUUGUUUGUAAAAUAUGUUUAUUAAAAAAACAUGUUUCUGUA